ACCUCCUGGCCCGCGCGCCCCCCGAUAGUGAGUGACCGAUCCCGGAUAGGGACCAGAGAGUCACCGCAGCAGCGCCGGGACGUGUUUAAACCAUGUUUAGGAGGAUUUUGCAGAGGACUCCUGGGAGAGUUGGCUCUCAAGGUUCUGAUUUAGAUUCAUCAGCAACUCCCAUAAAUGCAGUGGAUGUCAAUAAUGAAAGCUCUUCAGAGGGCUUCAUCUGUCCCCAGUGUAUGAAAUCUCUUGGCUCUGCUGAUGAACUUUUCAAACAUUAUGAGGUAGUUCAUGAUGCUGGUAAUGAUUCAAGUCAUGGAGGAGAGGCUCAUCUCACUUUGAAGCGUGAUGAUAUAACAUUACUCAGACAGGAAGUCCAAGACCUACAGACUUCACUUAAGGAAGAAAAAUGGUACUCAGAAGAAUUAAAGAAAGAAUUAGAAAAAUAUCAAGGGCUGCAACAGCAAGAGGCUAAACCUGAUGGACUGGUUGCACAUUCAUCAGCAGAAAUACAGUCUUUAGAACAACAAUUAGAAGAAGCCCAAACAGAAAAUUUUAAUAUUAAGCAAAUGAAAGACUUAUUUGAGCAGAAAGCAGCCCAACUUGCUACUGAAAUUGCAGAUGUUAAAUCAAAAUAUGAUGAGGAAAGGAGUCUCCGAGAAGCUGCUGAGCAAAAAGUGACACAUCUGACGGAAGAGUUAGACAGAGGGACAACUCUGAUUCAGGAUCUGAAGACUGAGCUGCUUCAGAGACCUGGCAUAGAAGAUGUUGCUGUGCUGAAGAAAGAACUAGUACAAGUUCAAACACUAAUGGAUAAUAUGACCUUGGAACGUGAGAAAGAAUCUGAAAAACUGAAAGAUGAGUGCAAGAAAUUACAAGCAGAAUACGCCAACUCAGAGACCACAAUAAAUCAGCUAAGAAGUGAACUUGCCAAGGGCCCCCAGGAAGUUGCUGUGUAUGUGCAGGAACUACAGAAGCUGAAGGGUUCAGUUAAAGAAUUAACUCAAAAAAAUCAGAACUUGACAGAAAAAUUGCUCAAGAAAGAACUGGACCAUACCCAGUUAGAAGAGAAAUACAAUGAAGAGUCUGUGAGUAAAAAGAAUUUACAAGCAGCGCUUCAUCAGAAAGACCUGGAUUGUCAACAGCUUCAGUCAAGGCUGUCUGCAUCUGAAGCUUCGCUGCAGAGAACACAGGCAGAACUGAGUGAAAAAGGAGAAGCUACACAGAGGGUCAAAGAAGAAUUAUCUGAAGUAGAGACCAAAUACCAGCACCUUAAAGCAGAGUUUAAACAGCUACAGCAGCAGAGAGAAGAAAAGGAACAGCAUGGGUUACAACUCCAAGGUGAAAUUAAUCAAUUACACAGCAAACUUCUGGAGACAGAGCGCCAACUAGGGGAAGCACAUGGUAGGCUCAAGGAGCAGAGACAACUUUCCAGUGAGAAGCUGAAGGAUAAAGAACAGCAGGUGGCUGAUUUACAACUCAAACUUUCCCGGUUAGAAGAACAGUUGAAGGAAGAAGUAACAAGUUCCACAGAGUUGCAGCACCAGUUAGAUAAAACAAAGCAACAGCAUCAGGAACAGCAAGCUCUUCAGCAAAGCACUACAGCAAAACUUCGAGAAGCUCAGAAUGAUUUGGAACAAGUACUACGCCAAAUUGGUGACAAAGAUCAAAAGAUUCAGAACCUUGAAGCCUUGUUACAGAAGAGCAAAGAGAAUGUUUCAUUACUAGAAAAGGAAAGAGAAGAUCUUUAUGCAAAAAUUCAGGCUGGUGAAGGAGAGACUGCUGUUCUUAAUCAGUUACAAGAAAAAAACCAUACAUUACAGGAGCAAGUUACUCAGUUAACAGAGAAGCUGAAGAAUCAGUCAGAAAGUCACAAACAAGCCCAGGAGAAUUUGCAUGACCAAGUACAAGAGCAAAAGGCACAUCUUCGAGCUGCCCAAGACCGUGUCCUCUCCUUGGAAACAAGUGUCAACGAAUUAAAUAGUCAAUUAAAUGAAAGCAAAGAGAAGGUCUCUCAGCUUGACAUACAGAUUAAGGCCAAAACUGAGUUAUUGCUGUCAGCAGAAGCAGCAAAAACUGCGCAAAGAGCCGAUCUUCAGAAUCAUUUGGAUACAGCUCAGAAUGCAUUACAAGACAAACAGCAGGAGUUAAAUAAGAUCACUGCCCAAUUGGAUCUGGUCACUACAAAGUUACAAGACAAACAAGAAUAUUGCAGUCAGUUGGAAAGUCAUCUGAAGGAAUAUAAAGAGAAACACCUCUCUUUAGAACAGAAAACUGAAGAACUAGAAGAUCAGAUUAAGAAACUAGAGGCUGAUGCUCUUGAAGUUAAAGCAAGCAAGGAGCAAACUUUUCAGACUCUCCAGCAACAGAGGCAGCUGAAUACAGAGUUAGAGCUGAGAGUAACAGAGCUAGGUAAACAGCUUGAAAUGGAGAAAGAAAGAAUCUCCAGUACAAAAUUGGAUCUGGAGAAAAAAUCCGAGGCCCUUGAAAAUAUGAAACAAAGGUUUACUAAGCAAGAGGAAGAAAAAAAUUCUCUGAAACAAGAAAUUGAAAAUAUAAAUCAAGAUGCAAAGGUGCAACACCAAGAACUGAAUAGCAGACUACACGCAGCAGAAGCAGAGCUACAAGCAGCAAGCACAGAGAAGGACGCUCUAGUGACGGAGCUGUCUGCAACCAAAGAGAAAUUAUCAGAAGUCUCUGAUGCUUUGAAAAACUGCAAAGAUGAAUUUGAAAAGGACAACCAGAAAGGAAAAUCUACCAUAUUAGAUUUGCAAAAAACUUGCAAAGAAUUAAAGCAUCAACUUCAAAUACAGACAGAUAGCACACGUAAGGAACAGAAUGAGCUGAAAAAGUCACUUGAAAAAGAGAAAGAGUUGAAGCUAGAACUGACUUCAAUGCAAGAACAAGUUUUACAGACCCAGAACACUUUAAAACAAAAGGAAAAAGAACAACAACAACUUCAAGGGACUAUAAGUGAGCUGCAGCAAUCAACUGAAAAAAGGAAAAAGAAAAUUGAAGCACUCCAAGGAGAAGUUAAAAUUGCUAUUUCUCAGAAGACGGAACUUGAGAAUAAGCUGCAGCAGCAGUCAGCAGAGGCAGCCCAGGAACUGGCAGCAGAGAAGGAGAAGAUGUCACUGUUACAGAGCACCUAUGAAAAAAGUCAGGAAAAUCUAAAGCAGCUUCAGUCUGAUUUCUAUGGAAAGGAAUCUGAACUUCUAGCCACAAGGCAAGACCUUAAGUCUGUAGAAGAGAAGCUUUCUCUAGCACAGGAGGACUUGAUUUCAAACAGGAAUCAAAUUGGAAACCAAAAUAAACUAAUCCAAGAGCUGAAAGCCGCCAAGGCUACAUUGGAGCAGGAUUCAGCAAAGAAGGAGCAGCAGCUGAAGGAGCAGAGUAAAGCACUGCAAGACACUCAAAAAGAAAAGUCACUGAAAGAAAAAGAAUUAGCGAAUGAGCAGUCUAAAUUGGCAGAGAUGGAAGAAAUUAAGGGUAGACAAGAAAAAGAAAUCACUAAAUUAACAGAAGAACUCAAGUCCCACAAACAAGAAAGCAUGAAGGAGUUAACAGAUCUGAAGGAUGCCAAACAACUUUUAAUUCAGCAGAAAUUGGAACUUCAGGGAAAAGUAGAUGCCCUGAAGACAACUCUGGAACAGGAGAAGAAAAACCAACAGGCGCUCAAGGAACAGAUGAAAAAGGAAGAGGACGAGAUGAAGAAAGAAUUUGUUGAAAAAGAAGCUAAAUUGAAUUCCGAAAUUAAAGAAAAAGAAGUAGGAAUGAAAAAACAUGAAGAAAAUGAGGCGAAACUUAGCAUGCAGAUUACAGCUUUAAAUGAAAACCUGGGCACAGUGAAGAAAGAAUGGCAGUCCAGUCAGCGGAGAGUGAGCGAGCUCGAGAAACAGACGGAUGACCUGCGAGGCGAAAUCGCUGUGUUAGAAGCCACGGUUCAGAAUAAUCUAGAUGAAAGGAGAGCGCUACUGGAAAGAUGUCUUAAAGGCGAAGGUGAAAUAGAAAAGCUUCAAACCAAAGUACUAGAAUUGCAAAGAAAGCUGGACAAUACCACUGCAGCAGUGCAGGAGCUAGGCAGAGAAAACCAGUCUCUUCAGAUCAAACACACGCAAGCGUUGAAUAGAAAGUGGGCUGAAGACAACGAAGUGCAGAACUGCAUGGCCUGUGGGAAGGGCUUUUCAGUCACAGUGAGACGGCAUCAUUGCCGACAGUGUGGAAAUAUUUUCUGUGCCGAAUGUUCAGCCAAAAAUGCCUUAACCCCUUCCUCCAAGAAGCCUGUUCGUGUCUGUGAUGCAUGUUUCAAAGACUUGCAAGGAUAGUGGAUUAUCACCACUUUGAGUAAUAUUACACUAACAACAGAUUUCUAAUAAAUGUACUAAAUAGAAAUCUUGGACUGCUGUUUGGUUUGGACACUGGUUACAACACUAGACCAAAUUAGAAUUCGUAUAUUUUGCAAUGUUAUCAAGUAAAAGUCUUCUAUUUUUGUGAGACUUGGGCUCAUCUUUCUUUCUUUCUUCCUUUUUUUUUUUUUUCAAUUAUCCCCUGGAACAGCUCCCAUGCCAACUUUAAAAUCAGCCAAUGAAAUGUAAAUAAACUUUGGAGAGAAAAUAGCAAUGUAUUUUUUUAAAUAUAAUUUCAUUGUUCAUAAAUGAGAAAUUCCAUAGCUUCUUUUCCUAGAUUUGAUGCACAGAAAUGUACAUGAAUGAUGGUAUCACUUAUU